AUGGAUUCAUCUGGGAAUCAGCUAGAAAGAUGGACUCACAGGCAAGAGGGCAGAGCUGGAGAGCUGGUAGAGCCUGUGGCUUCUCCUGACAAUGGUAACUGUCUUUCAGCAGUGAAGUCCCCAGGCAGUGCAGAGCAUCUCUUGCACCUCCCUGGAAGAGCAGACUCUGCUUACAGCUCCUUCUCAGGGGGAUCAAACGUUCCAGAGUAUCCCACCCCCUUGUGCUGUGGUGAGAACUGCUGUUUGCCUCCAGAGCAGGUACCAUACAUGGACUCAGAGUAUGUAAGAGGUAUUUAUCAUCUCAGUGCAGCCAGCUCUGACCUCAGGGGCAUGUCCCCAUACAAGGCACCAGCCCCAGGGACUGCAAACCAGGGACUGCUGCCUCUGGUGGCACCUCCACCUUCUCCUCCCACACGACUGGAUAGCUAUAAAGCCAGGAGGCACCUUGGAAGCUCCAGAGGGAGGCACCACUCUGGGAGUCACAGUGAGUGUGGGGUGCAGGACAGUCAGCCAGGAUUAAAGAUAGAGGAAAGUAGAGAGUGGAGCCCAUCCCAACAGCCUACAAAGAGAAGCAACCCACAGGUUUUCAGCAGACCUUCUUCAGUCAUUUUUCAAGAAUAUUUAAAGACUGACUCUGUGGCUAAUGUCCCUAAAAUACUUUCUGCUUAUAAUUCAGUUCAUGCUUAUAAAAUUCCUGGAGAGAUGAACUCCAAGUCCUGCCACCCAGCACAUACCAGCCCUGAUGCUGUUAAUGAUACACAGGAGGACAAACAGUGUCCCUGUGGUGUGCCCAAGCCAACCUCCAGAGCAGCAGCUCUGCCAAGCAUGGUGCCAGAACCCAGCCAAGGGGCAGGCCCCUUGCCCUGCACUCAGUGCCUGCUCCACACCGAGCUGCAUUCAGACGUGGACCAAGAUGUGUUUGAGGACAGCUGGGACUUCAGAGCUGUGGAGAAUGGUUUUCUAGUGACAAAUGCUUCCAGGAAGCUGAGCAGUUGUACAGAUGGACGUCGGAGGUAUGGUUCUGAAGGAAAGAUUGGGGGUGAUGUUAAGGAACCUCACCUGGCUGAGCCAGCCAAAGUGCAGAGACCAUCCCUGUCCUGCAGCUGUGGAGCUCAACACUCUGGCAGUACAGUCCAAAUGCCUCUUUUCAGACCAAAGGAAGAUUCCACACCUCAGUUUUUGCCUGGAGUCAAGAAAGAAAAACAGGCUAACAACAGCAGUCCUGACUUUAGCCUGCAUCUAGAGCAGGAGGAACAUCCUGCUUGGAAACAGCAAUCUGAAUUUCAAACCCAGCUCUUAAGACAGUGUCAGGGUGACCGUGCUGGUGGACAGAUCAGCAGGCAGAUGACUCCCAUGCUUUACUAUCUGUCUGGGGGGAAAACCACCAGCCCUGUGCACCACAGCAAGCUCACCCCAUGUCAGGAGGACUCCAGGAGCUCACCAAAGGAGCUUCCAGCAGGCAGCUACUCUGCCUCAGUGCACUGUGAGGAGAUCCAAAGGGAGAGCAGUUGGCCCCAGAGGCCCAGCCCUCACCACCAGGGCAGUGCUGCUGAGCUGCUGGAGACUGAAGAUCUGGCUCUUGGGAGUCCUGCCUCAUCCACGGAGGAGAGCUUCAAGAAUGACUACAGAGAGAAGCUUAAAGUGGCUCAGAAAAGGGUUCUGAGGGAAACCUCUUUCAAAAGAAAAGACUUACAGAUGAGUUUGCCCGUUAGACUGAGACAGAAACCCUCUAAAAGGCCUUCGAUUGAACACCUCAGGUCUUUAUCAUUAUCCAGUGCAAAUGAGGAUGGAAAACCUGCUCCUUGUGCCCCUUCUCACCUAGAAUCCUUGGAAAGUUUCAGCAGAGAUGGAGAAAUGAAGAGGCCACAAACAGCUCGAAUAGGGGGAAGGAAAAGGGUAACAAAGGAGCAGAAGAAACUGUGUUAUUCUGAACCUGAGAAACUCGAUCAGCUGGCAGACAAGGAUGGGCCGUGGAGUCAAGUCAGGGAUGAAAUCCCUGAGCAAGACCUAGUGGCAGGUAGGAGGAGGACCCUGGAGGUCAGAGGGAGGGCACUGUCCAGUUCCAGCCUCUCCAGGACGGAGCUGAAGCACAUCCAGCACGUGGCACUGCUGCAGUACAUGGAGCGGAAGAUCAGCCAGAGGCCAGGUCCCAGCCCAGGCCCCCACCUCCCCCUGCAGAAGAGGCUCUCACACCCCAGGUGUCCUCCUGCCAAGGUUUCCAACCCAAACGGGAGCGGAAGGAUGCAGAACAAUGAGGUUUUCUGCCAGGAUUUCUCCAAAGAGAAGCCACCCGAGGUGUUUCCUCCCCUGGCUGGUGUUCCCAGCUCUGCGGGCACCCCGGGGCAUGGCCCCCCCAGAGCCCACCAGAGCUGCACCAGCAAGGGGGCACCAGCUGAGAGCCUCCUGCUGAUGGGUCAUCCUGCAGCUGGGAGAGCUCGGGAGAGGUCAAAAUCCACUCCUGCUUCCACACAGGACACUUCUGGAUGUGGUGGUGGCACAGUGGCCCCGUGCCAGCCUUGUGAGAGCUGCCUCAGCACCCCCAGUUUCCAGGACCCUGAGGAUGGAUGUGAGAAUCAUGGCUAUAAAGACAGUGACAACACUGGACGUGUGUGUUGUCAGGAUCCUAAGGAGCUGACUCCUGAAAGCUCUACUCCUGUCCCAAGAAGCAGAAGCAAGGACAAUGCUCAGGUGGAGGAGGAAGGUGGGAUGAAGUCUCUGAAUGACAAAGCUGCAGUGGGGAGUGCAGAGCAGCAGCCUGCAGCUCCUCAGGAGCAAGGAGCCUGCUGCCACACAGCACUAGUAGCCAAAGCUACCCCCAAAGGCUUAGGUGCAAAGGAAACAUCCAUGCAGGACAGCCAAGGUGAUCUCCUCCCCCAGAGAGAGAGAUCUCUGCCCAGAAGGAGACUGCAGUCUCCCGAGGACCAGCAAUAUGAGGAGCUUGCCAUGGAACUCAUUGCCAAAGACCAUUCUCUGGUUGAUAUUCUCAUGCCUCAGCCUGUGAGAAAAACAGCUCUAGACCUGCUGGAGGGUCUGUUCCCUGAGAGCAUUUCCAUGCUGGAUAGAUCCCACAGGAAAAAGGGAGACCUACAGCACGUGCAGGAGAAGGACAGGAAAAAUAGUAGAGAUGCAACUGAAGAAUGUCCUGAAUCUGAACGUGAUGCCAAGCAAAGGAGUGAAGAUCUUUCCUCUAAGGGAAACCAAGUCCUCACUAAGAGCAGAGACAGCACAAAUGACCUAGAUGACAUCACAGCAAAGAAACUGGAGCUGCUCUCCAGGCUGCGGGAGAAGCUGCGGAGGCUGUGGGAGGAGAGGGAGCUGGUCCUUGCUGAAGCACAGGAGUGUGCCGAGCGUGGCCAGGAGCUGGAGGUGGUGGUGAGGGGUGUCUGCAAACCCAACGAGCUCCAGCGCUACCUGAUGUUCAUGGGGGACCUGGAGAAGGUCGUGAGCCUCUUGCUCUGCCUGUCCAGCCGCCUCGCCCGCGUCCAGAACGCCAUGGGGAGGGUGGAUGGCAGCACAGACCCUGAGGAGAAGCAGUCCCUGCAGGAGAGGCACGAGCUGCUGUCAAGGCAGAGGGAGGAUGCCAAGGACCUGAAGGAGAAUCUGGACCGCAGGGAGAGAGUGGUGUGGGGCAUCCUUGCCAAAUACCUGCCCGAGCAGCAGCUCCAGGACUACCAGCACCUCGUGCAGGUCAAGACCUCCUUGCUGAUUGAGCAGAAGGACCUGGAAGAGCAGAUAAAGUCUUUUGAAGAGCAGUUAGAAAACCUUGAGCAAAGCAUCCGCCUGUGA